CCACAAACAUUCGUCAGCCUACAGUAGUGUGCCAGAGUACAAUGUUUGAACCAAAUCCGUCGAACUUUGUCGAGAGUUUAUAAAACGCGUUUCACACCUCGUUCGUUGGUAAAUUACGUACAGUUACAACUGUCGGCGUUUCAGCGUUUCCUCCGCCAGUCGCCAUGAACAUCUGUAAGACCGCGGCUGCUUGCAGCCGGUGGUUCGUCACCAGCGGGACACCGUCACUGUCACUACCACCUCGGCGGCUGUCCAAAUCCCUGUGGACGAAGAAAUUCCAAACCAACAAUUUCGGGGUGUACGACGUGGUGGAAUUGGGCACGGUCAGCGAUCACAGGACGGUGCCGGAAUACGUCACGUUGCCGUCAUACGCGAAGACCGGCGCGGUGGUCGACGAGCCCGACCACAACUGUCCGCCGGAAAUCCAGAACAGGGGCCAGAUCGAGAUGCUCCGGCAGAGCUGUAAGUUGGCCAAGUUCGUGUUGGACAGCGCCAAGGACCGGCUGACAGUGGGCGCCACCACGGACGACGUGGACCGCUUCGUGCACGACUUGAUCAUCGACAACAACGCGUACCCGUCGCCGUUGAACUACAGGUGGUUUAGGAAGUCCCUGUGCACGUCGAUCAACAACGUCGUGUGUCACGGAGUGCCGGACGACCGGCCGCUGGUCGACGGCGACAUCGUAUCCAUCGACGUGUCUGUCUACCUGAACGGUUUCCACGGUGACUGCGCCGCGACCUACUGCGUGGGCGGAGUGGACGACUGCGGCAGAAAACUAAUCACCGUGGCCGAACAGUGCACGUACAAGGGCAUCGAAGCCUGCGGCCCGGGCAAGAGCUUCACGGACAUCGGUAGGGCCAUCGAGCUGUUCGCCCGUCAACACGGUUACAGUGUCGCGUCCAGCAUCACCGGCCACGGGAUCGGUACAUAUUUCCACGGGCCUCCCACCAUCUUCCACUCUACCAUGUACAGUUAUCCGGGAGUAAUGAAACCGGGUAUGGUGUUUACCAUUGAGCCAGUGAUUUGCCAAGGCGACGGCGAUGUAGAGGUUUUGGAAGACGGGUGGACCAUAGUGACGGCUGACGAUUCUAGAGGCGCUCAAUUCGAACAUACGAUACUGAUCACCGAUAGUGGUUACGAUAUUCUAACAGUUUGAUCCGGCAAUAAGAGUUCCAGAGCUAGUUUCAUAAUUCCCUCGGAAUCGCCAAAACGAUAAAGUACAACAAUUUCGUACAAUGUUUUUAGAUGAUCACAUUUGGGUAGAAUGUACGUCAUUUUCUAUUGCAGGCGUGCACUAUGCCACAUUACGUUAGUGAUUUAUUUGAGAAUUAAUAUGUAUUAAUAUUAUGUUGCAUCAGCUAUAAAUUAUAAUGUAAUUUAAUUUGGAA